AUGGCUUCCCCCUGCUCUGGGGACCUCAGCCCCACAGCUCUGCCCCCUCCUCCCAUCCCCACAGGUGAGGCGGCCGGUCCCGGGGCGCCGGCCCCCGAGCCCGGCUUCCCCGACAUCUACGGCGGGGACGCGCGGCGCUGGGAGGCGCACUUCCGCGGCAUCGGGCGCGCCUACCGCGCGCUGGGCAAGGAGGACGACUUCGCCAUCCGCGUGCUCACCGAGGACUUCACGCUGCCCUUCCCGUUCGCCUGGCCGCCGGGGCCCGAGCCCGCCCUCGGGCCGCUCUUCUACGACCCGCGCGACCGCACCGGCUUCGACUUCCUGCUGCGGGGCCCGGGCGCCGCGCCGCCCGCGCUGCUGCGGCCCCUGCACGCCACGGCGCAGGCCGCCGAGCGCAAGCGGCGCCUGGAGCGGCUGGCGCUCAGCUACGCGGGGCGCGGGCGCGGGCCGCCGGGCCUGCUGCUGCUGGCG